AAGCCGGCAGCCGGCCCGGGCUGCGGGGAACGAAGGUCGGCGAAGGCACCGUGCCUUGUCGCCAUGGCGGGGACCAGCCGCUGGGCCGCCGUGCCGGUGCUGGUGCUACCGGUGCUGCUGGUGCUGCCGGCCUUGCCCCGCCGCGCCGCCGCCGGCUGUGCCACCCUCGGGCUGUGCUGCCCGGGCCGCGACCCGGCCUGUCUGAGCCAGGGCUGGCGGCCCGACGGCUCCCACGGGCCCUGCUACUGUGACCAGGUCUGCACCCGCACCCUCGACUGCUGCCACGACUACGCCCAGGCCUGCCCAGUUAGCCCCUGUGUUGUAUCUCAGUGGAGUGCCUGGAGUGGCUGUGCAGAGCCUUGCAAGACCACGUAUCGUGUUCGGAGGAGGCAGAUCCUCCAGGAGCCCAGGAAUGGUGGAGAGGCGUGUCCUGCUCUGGAGGAGAGGGCUGGCUGUGUGGAGUACUGGACUCAGCAAGGAGCAGAGUGCAAGCAGUCCCUGAUCCCAGCAUUAAUAACAACAGGAGGGUUUGGAAAAGCAAGGAAAAAAAGAGCUGCAGCUGAUGGUAAUGAAAAAGCAGGGUACUGUGUUGAAUUCCAGCUUGUGGCCAUCACACCAGGCUGCUUGCACAGCCACCACCCAUACACUCACUGGAUGCAGCACCUCAGGGAGGGCCACACAGUCUGUGUGGAGUGCCAGCACCCAGCUUUAGACUCCAGAAGUCUCCAUUGUUCUGGGGAUGGCAGUGGAAGCAAAAAGAAUCAGCUGUUGCAUUGGCAGGCAAUAGGGAACCCUCAGUGCAAGGGAACCUGGAAGAGAAUUCGCCAGCUGGGCACUUGCUCUUGCCCUUCUGUCCACAGCUUCUUGUUCAUCUAACUUGUGACACUCCCAGCAAGUGAGUGCUGUGAUGGCUUGUCUGGCACCAAUGGGCUACAACAGUAGGAACCAUGGCCAAAACAAUGACUUCUCUGUGUCAGAGGCUAUGCAAUUUACUUUCAAGAGGUUGCUGUCUGUACUGGGGCAUACUGAAUCAUAGAAUUGUUUUGAUUGGAAAAGGCCUUUAAGGCAAUCAGGUGCAAUCCUUAACCCAGCACUAUGAAGUCCACUGCUAAACCAUGUCCUUAAGCAUCACAUCUACAUCUCUUCUGAAUACCUCCAGGCAUGGUGACUUAACCAC